UUUCCCCCCAUGCAAGCCGCUAAUUCGAUCAGCAACAUAUUGCAUGCCCUCCAGACCAAUCAAUUGUCUGUUGCGGGCUUUGUGCAGGGUUUAUUGAAUAGCAAAGAUCCGCAUCAUCACAUUGGGCGCGAGUCUCUGCUUCGCAAUGCUGGAAACAUCUGUUCAUUGCUCUAUCAUCAAGAGAGCGCCCACGAGCCAGUAUCAAAAUGGGCAAUUGCAGCAGUUACAAAGAUAAUCUGCAGAGAAGUUACUGAUUUGAGCCAUGAGAGGCACGGGCUAUAUUUCAAGGCAAGUGCUGCAACGGUCGAGCAGCUCGAAGGCAAAUUUAUGGAGAUGAUGGCAACAAAAAUCCAUCAGGACCGCCGUCGUGCCAUGAUAAAUCUUGAUGGCAUGGCAAGUAGCCUUGGUUCAGAGGCAGAGAUGGAUCUUGGCGAGUUUGGUGGUCAUGAAACUGAAGGUUGGAAGAGUGCAACAUCUAUGCAAAAGACACCCAAAAAAAACCAGGUAUGGGCAGCAGAAAGGAAUGCUGCGCUAAUGGCCAUUGUGAGUCUGGUUGUCUGCAUCAGUAUAUUCCUACAGAACUCAAAUGAGAGGUGCAAUUACCUUCAAGGCAUCCUUGGGUUCUUUUAUCACUCGACCUCGGUCCCAGAGAAAGUCAUCGAAACGCUUGCUCAUGCCGGUCUGUCCAUCAGCAUUUCUUCAAUCCACAGUGCUGUCCAAUCUGUAUCAAACCAGACAUCAGCUAGAAUAAGACACGCAGUUCGAUCACUACAGUCAGCAUUUGCUUACGAUAACUUUGAUAUUGACUUCAAAACUGAUCAGCCAACGCUCAAGCACCGUUCAAAUUUUGUCAGUGCAACCUCUGCGACUGUCAUACCACUGUUUGGCGUGAACAGCGCCAACCAGUUGCGCUGUUCCCAGUGGAUGUGGGAAUGA